UUGUUAUGUAUGCCGUAUAUCUAGUAAAAACUAAACACACAUAAUGUUCACAAACAUAAGGCAAAACCUGGAGUGGAAUUCUCUAAGUUUCUUUGAUAUUAUGUUUGACAAGCAAAGUUUGCUUGCAAAAGUAGAUCAGAUUUUUGGUGCUUACCUACACAAUGUGUGUGAACAUGAUGGCUCUACUGUCCCUUACUUCGUUAAAAUGUGUAUAAAAGCUGUUGAGGAACGAGGUCUGGAUGUUGAUGGAAUAUACAGAGUCAGCGGCAAUCUGGCAACGAUACAGAAGUUACGAUUUGUUGUCAAUCAAGAAGAGAAGCUGAAUUUGGACGACAGCCAGUGGGAGGACAUCCACGUUGUCACUGGAGCACUCAAGAUGUUUUUCAGAGAACUGCCUGAGCCUCUGUUCCCAUACUGCUUCUUUGAACAGUUUGUGGAGGCAAUAAAAAUCCAAGAACAUGAUAGCCAAGUGAAAGCCAUAAAGGACCUUGUACAGAAAUUGCCCAGGCCAAAUCAUGACACCAUGAAAAUACUAUUUACACAUCUGCAAAAGAUAGCAGCCAAGGAGAACAUGAAUCUUAUGUCACCCCAGAGUUUAGGAAUUGUUUUUGGACCAACUCUCCUUCGACCUGAAAAAGAGACAGGAUCUAUGGCGAUCCACAUGCUGUAUCAAAACCAAUUGAUUGAGCUGAUGCUAAGUGAAUACACCAAGAUCUUCAGCUCUGACUGACAGACCGAGAAUGUUGCUGAAUAUGUUCACAUCUGUCUUGAUACCUAAUAUUUUUACAUUUCUGUAAACAUCUUUUUGAAAUAUUUCUUUUUCUUUCUAGUGACAGAUGCCUCAUUUUGUGAAAACUUAGUGAUGGUUUUGUC